AUGCAAUUGUUCCGAAAUCAAUUAGCAGCAAAUCAACAGUUAACAAUUCUUGGUGGAUUUCUUGGCUCAACAAUAUUUAUUUCUCUUUUAACAGCAGUUAGUAAUUUUGAAAUGCAAGUAUUUGGACCAACAUUUCAAGCAAAAAUAUUUCCUGAAGUUAUCGCUUGUUUAUUCAUAUCAAUGAUGAGUUGUGCGUUUGUUCAUCGUGUAUGUGUAACCACGUGUUUGAUAUUUUCAUUGAUUGCAUUGUAUUAUAUCAAUAAAAUUUCACAAAAUAUUUAUGGUGGAUCAACAAUAAGUACUUCGUCGUCUGCUAGUGCAUCAAAGAAACGAAAAUAA